AUGGUGGUAUCUAAACCAUUAUACGAUACUUUAGAAAUAUUGUCCUGUCCUAUUUGCUCUGAAACAUUCAAGUCACCGAAAAUACUACCAUGCUUACAUACAUUUUGUGAACCAUGCAUACACGAGUUUAUUAUAUCGACUGGGCGCAAAAAAGACAACAAAAUGUCAGAGUUUGCAUGUCCCAUCUGUAGGACAAUAGUGAUUCCAUUAAAUUCUGAUGAAUCCAUUGAAAAAUGGACUUGUACAUUGCAGGACAAUGCUACUAUAGCAACAAUCAUUGCGCUAUCAACAGGAGACACAACACAGGAGUGUCAUGCUUGUAAACGAUGGAAUGAAAAAUCGGACGCUAAGUUUUGGUGUAAGAUCUGCGAAGAAGCUCUAUGCAAAAAGUGUAAUCAAAUGCACAAUCGAAUGAAACUGUUAUCUGCCCAUGUUGUAAUCGAAAUUGAGGAAUAUGGUUUAACUACAUCUGGAAUAGAUUUAAAUGCAAUAUCCAAUCAGUGUCCAAUGCAUCCUUCAAAAGAACUUGAAAUAUUCUGCUGUCGUCAUAGAGUACCAUGUUGCGUUUUAUGUCUACUUUCAAAACAUAUAGAAUGUACAGGGCUUAAACCAAUUGAAGAAGUUUUUGUUGAGAACAAUGAUUAUGAAGCCCUUCCGGAGAAACUAGGAAGAAUUAAAGACGCGACAAUCAAACUGCUGACGGAAAAGGAACAACAUAAGUCGGACUUUAUCAAGAGUACAGAGACCGUCGAGGAAGAAGCAGCAAAAUUUGCUGAAACGAUCAAAUGUAAUAUUGACAAUUUAUUUGAAAUGUUGAAGAAGCAAUUACACAUAUUUCGUGAUGAACAGAACACAAAUUUUAAUGUUCGCAUACGUUUAUUGGAACAAUUUGUCAAGAGUCUUGAACACUGGAUAAGUGUUACGAAAAUUGUAAAGGAAUUAGGGUCCAACACUCAGUUGUUUGUUCAUGUAGAGACAACGAGAAGCCAAAUUAAAGCCAGUAUCAUAGAACUUAAUAAAAAAUUUCAGAAUGAGAAUCUUAUUACUCUUAAUCUUAAAAGGAAUGAAAGAAUUGAACAGCUACAAACUGCGGAGAUAUUAGGCACAUUAGAACAAACAAAAGAACUCUUAGUAGAUCAAACUCUGGAUAUUUUCAAAGUCUGUAAAGAUUUGGGUGUAUUUACCUGUCAUACAUUUGAAGAACUCAGUGUGAAGAAGCUCAACACAUUUAGUUUUAAAGGCUCGGCAAUGAGGUGUGGCGUAUACAUAAGUGAUAAGUACAUAGUAGUUGGAGAUGGAGCGACCGAAGUAAAAUUGCACAUGCUUGAUAAACAUACCGGAGCUAUUAUAGAUUCGAAGGUGUUAACUGGAGACAUUAAACGGUUGUGUUAUGAUUCUAAAUUCAAUCAAGUUUUUAUUUCUUGCUAUUUUAAAAACCUAUAUGUUGCCACAAUACAUGAAAAUACAAUUACAACGCCACAGAAAAUCGCAUUCAGAAAGGAAUAUGUUGGAGCAUUAUUUUCUCAUAAUGAAUUUGUUUUCCUGGUAGUGCCCAAUGCAAUAAGAAAAUUUGUUAAGACAUUUAAUCCCGACAACGUAGGGGAACUGACACAUUGUUUUUCAACGAACACUGAAAAUGGAUUAGACGGUAUGAAUAUACAUGACGAUGACAUUAUUUUUACAACAAAGAACAAAGAAAUCAAACGUGCCACAUUAGAAGGCCAAACUAUAUAUUGCUAUCAAAACAAAACGAUUGUGACUCCGGAGUGUCUGGCUGUGUUACCAUCUGGACUGGUCCUGUUUGUUGAUAGGAAUUACAAGGGUUCCUUACAUGUUUUAUCUGCCGAUGGUACAAAACAUAGGACAUUGCUUGAAAAUUUCGGGAAGAUAGAAAAUCCAAAGGAUAUCUGGUUGGAUGUGGAUAAAGAAACUAUAUACAUUGCUGGAGGAGAGUAUAUCGAAGUGUACUGUCUCUAUUAGUUGAAACCAGAUUGAACCAUGACACGUGGUGUUUUACAUGUUUACAAACCCAGACGUUUGAAACACGGUUUUAGUUAUAGUCAAUGGACUACCGUACCUUGCAAUGGAAUGCGCUUGAUUUCUAACUUGUUUUUAUGUUUCAUGUACACAUGUCAUUGUAUUAAAUAAUUUGCGUGUUAGCCUGAUAUGACUAACAGGAGAUGUUGGGUUACCGUUAAUGAGACAGGAACCCACCAAUACAACAAAACCAUAAAAGACACGCAAAGAUCAACAUGUGUUCUUCAAUGCUAUGCAAGUGUUUAUAUUACUACAUGUACAUGUAUGUAUGAGUCAAUCUCUUACACUGUUCCGAAUCUAAGUAAAUAACUUAACAGAGUAUUAUAGAUCUGUUAAAACCAAAAGAAAAGUAAGAUAUAAACAAACACUGACGAGACUUUGGACAGGCACAUUGACAUAUGACGGAGAUUACUAGUUUUUCGAGUACUUAAUUACACCAUUUGUUUUAAAGUUGAGUAAACACUAUACAUGAAUACACUUAAGGAACCUGUUGUUCAGUGGUUGUCGUUUGUUGAUGUGGUUCAUAAGUGUUUCUCGUUUCUCGUUUUUAUAAGAUUAUACCGUUGUUUUUCCUGUUUGAAUUGUUUUACAUUAGCCAUUUUGGGGCCCUUUAUAGCUUGCUGUUCGGUGUGAGCCAAGGCUGCGUGUUGAAGGCCGUAAUUUGACCUAUAAUUGUUAACUUUUUACACAUUGUGACUUGGAUGGAGUGUUGUCUCAUUGGCACUCAUACCACA